GAACACCUUGGUUUGGCCAUUGACCUCGCGAUUCCCACUCUACUUUUAAUAACUCGCCCUCUUUCUACUUCUUUUACUCUCGCCUAAUACUCCUCACCAUGGCCGGCGGUGGAAGCAGAUACCGCCAUUUGAGCCGCGACUCCGCGCAUCGACAAGCCCUGCUCCGAAACAUGGUGACCUCCCUCUUCGAGCAUGAGUCAAUCACCACGACAUGGCCCAAAGCAAAAGAGGCCCAGCGCCUGGCCGAGAAGUUGAUUACCCUGGGAAAGAAGAACACCGAAGCGAGUCGGCGACGAGCAUUGGAGAUUUUCUACACACCACAUGAAAUGCUCCCCAAACUCUUCGGUCCUCUCCGCGAGCGCUACGCAGACCGACCAGGCGGCUAUACACGAGUCCUACGCAUAGAGCCCCGUGAAAAGAACGAGUACUUCUCCCCAAAGAAGGGCGACAAAAACGCCAUCCGAGAGCCUAAACCCCAGGUCAAGGCUCCCACCGCUAUCCUCGAGCUGGUCGAUGGGCCAAAGGACAUGCGUUUCGCCAUGACGGCGCGCACGGUGGCGCGCGAGCGCGAGCAGGGCCGGGAUCUCGUGCACUCGCUCACGAGGUUGAAUGUCAAAAAGGUUACGCAGUUCCGGAAGGACGGUGUUGAGGUCUUGGAGCGGGCGAUUUCCAAGCUCAGUCUUGCCAAGAAGCAGAAUGAUAAGCUCGCUAAGAAGGAGGCUGAGGUUGAGUCGAGGGAUUAGAUGUGGGGAGUGCUAGCUCUCCUUUGUGGGGGUUCUGUUUCGGAAUCCUCGGCCUUGGGGUGAUCUCUGGGACCUGUCUGGGAGAUGUUUCCUCCUGGGCUUUGAUGGGUGUGCUUGAUGUUGGCACUAUCCUGCUUGCUCUCCGGGGUUGACUCCGUUGUUCUUUACUUGUUUUUCUUACCAGGAGUUCUGUCUUCUUCCUGUUUAUUAUGGCAUCUCCGUCUUCGUUUGCACUCGCGCAUGUGACAUAGCCUCUGUAUAAAAG